UUAUUAUGCGACAAGAAUUGGAAAGAGGCGAAGGAAAGGAAAGACCUCCCCAGCCACCCCUUCAUCAGCAAUUACAUAGGAGUGUUAGCCGCCUUAUGUGGGGCUAUCUGGCAGCAAAGCAACUCUUUCUCUUUAUAGUACAUAGUACUGCUACAGUACCAUCCUUCAGCUCGGUUUUAAGUCAUUUCCCAGUCCUUGAUAGUUUCCUAUAUGUCCCCACAGUUGUAAUCGGGAUCUAAACAAAACAUCGUUAUACUCUAUUUUUGGCCCGUCGCGACGGUAUACCAACUUAAUUAAUGUACACUCUUUGUUAUUAAUCGUUCGAGAGUGUUUUCUGAAUGGACUCGACCAUACGUAACGAGUCUAAUCCUGUAAGAUGAUGACCCGAGAGCAUCAUCGCCGGCGGAGCCCCGAAUCCUCUCGCCGCCGGCGCAAAGAACGGCGCGAUUCUAGAGAGCAACUUCGGAAUCAACAAAUAACACUACCUGCACCGCCUCCCGAAGAACGAAACGAACUCAUACACCUUCGAUCACGUGCACCUUCGCCCCUUUCAUCGUCAUCCUCCACUUCUUCCUCCUUGUUAAAUAUCUCCCGUCCCUCUAGGAGAUUCGGGCUUGGCGCGUUCUUCGGUGGCGGUGGCAGUGGGCGGAAGCAACAUCGUGUAAAAAAGAAGCGUAGCCGUUUUCUACGCUUUGGGAAUUCUUCCUCGUCAUCUGUAGGAUCGGAUCUUGCCUAUGGAAAAGGGUACGUCGAACGGCAGAGGAGUCGCGAAUUCAGCCCUCCUAGUAGCAGUGCUGGUAGGCCGCGUCCGCGACAUGAUCAGACGGACGAAGAAAUACUUGAAUUAGGAAGAAAGUUUGCCGAGAUUGCUAGACAACAAAAUGCCGAGGACCUUAAAGCAGCUGGGAGGAGCCGGCCGUCGACAUUGGUUGGUGCUGCGGCGGCCCUGAGUCAGUUUCGUCGAACAAAUAGCGGGAACUCUAACAAGGGGGUUGGAAGCUCUAAACCCCGCCUUGAUGAUUCUUCAGAUGACUCGGAGUGGGAAUCUGCUUCUGAAGACGAGUCGUCGUCUAGCGAGUUUGACUCCGGCCUUGCCUAUGGCUCCUCGGGACUUAGCCUGCCUAAUACUAUUAACCAGCCUAUUCCCCGUCGGAGUACCCCUAGCUCUUCCCGUUCACCCCGUCCAUCUAAAGCUUCAGUUUAUGGCCCCCCUCUCCGCCGGAAAUCUUCGGUGGUCGAUCCGAACCUCUUCGGACCCGUAAAUUCGCUCCGAGGUUAUGUUGAGGCUCCUUGUGGGUUUGAAACGGUUGACCGAUCUACGGUUGUUGGAUCUCCACGACCGUACGAACCCUCAAUAACUCCCACAAUAACCCCUAGUGAAGCUGCACCUGAUCAUCGCCCGUUGCGACUGGUAUAUCCGGCUCCGACGUCUGAUCCAAAACGCUUUGAUGUUUAUAAUGGUCCUGUCGUGUCUAGCCAGCAGGACUUGUCUGCCCCGCUUCGGCCUGCACCGGUACCCAUACAACAUCCAAGGCCAAUAGUGCAGGUCCCUAGGAGGGUUCUCGACUCAGUGGAAACGGGCUCUGGAUACACAGAGCAUGCACCAUCUGAAAAAGUGCCUGAGGACAAUGUCGUUGCACCGGGCUCUGAUCGUAAAGAUGACCACAACAAGCUCGAAGAGAAGCGUGAUCGUGAUAAUGAGCGCCGGUCGAAGCGUUCGGGCGCUGGCAUCCAGGCUCGGAAGGGCGAAGAGCGUAAGAGUCAUGAUAAUGAUAACCUGCCUCCGGCUCGUAAUGAUCUCGCUGAAUUACCUCGAGAAACGCGAUCUGGAAAUGGUCUAGAGUUUGAAAGAGAUUGGCAUUACCGGGAGAUGAUAGUGCCUGAAUUAAAACGAAAGUCUGAAGAGGAGGGGCGUCGUCGUGAUGAGUACAAUGACGAUAACUCUGAUCACGACUUGACGCGUAACAAGCGUAAAAACGAUCCAGAAGAUGAGCGGAAUAUCGACCAUGUAAAGACUUACGAAAAGGAAUGCCGCGACGAAGAUGGUGCCAAUCGCUCUGAUGUGCGAAGUUACGAACUUGUGAAUGGCCCCGAGUAUCCUACGCGAGAGGGUCCAAUUGAUCCAUUUCAGUUUCAAGUAGCUGAUGAUGCUUUUCAGACUCCUCCUUACACGACCCCGAAACGACCCCUAACGCCGAAUGUGAUAACUGUAGAUCGAGAACCCAAUUUUUCCCCGGAACGACUUAGUCGGAGAGAUUCUUAUGAGCGGGAACUUCGUGAUGCACAUGAAAUAUACCAAACUGCUGAGCACGCGACAGCUCCUAUAAGCGGGGUUGCGUUUGCUGCUGCCGCUGCAGCGGUGAUGGCUGAAGAUCGCCGUGGACGUAGUCGUAGCCGAGGUGGCGAUGCUAGCUCUAGGAAUAGGUCGCGACGGGAUGAUUCUCCAAAACGUGAAAAAGAUGCUGUCCAAGAAGAUGCUGACCGUUAUUACCGGGAAGCAGAACUUGCGCGCAGAAUCAGGGACGCAGAGAUACGGGAUGCCGAGCCUUCGGUUGUGGACAAGUGGAAGCAGGAGCAGCAACCGAUGAUUGUGGAUGUUGUGUCGCCCCCAGGAAUGGACCACGCGAAGAAGAAGAGCGCCUACGAUGCACCUGAUGCUGAUGUCCGCAUUGAUAAUGUUCUAGAACAUCCUAAUGAGCUUUCUCGUUUUCGAGCGCCAGAUAUCAAAGGUCUCACCAAGAUCCCGGUAUUCACGGCGAGAGACCCUUCCGCUGAGCGAGAGCGGCCAAUGCUUAAUGUCGUGCGGCCUACGCCUGUUCCCACACCAAUCCCGGAAGGACAGCGACGCGCGGGAGAACCUCUUCCUAAGCUUGUCAAGAAGAUUGACAUUCCUCCCCCCAAGGUCAUACCUGACGUAGUUACUGAAUCUCGAAGCGAAGUAGCCCCGGCGCCAUUGUUAGCAAAAUCUGUCAGUUGGGGAGAGAAUCAAACAAAACGCUACGUUGUGGAGAGUCCGGAGAGAGAGGAUGACCCGUAUUCGGGGACUAAGAUUGUGACGCCUGCUAAACCUCCGAGAAGUCGGGCCGGGAAGAAGAGUCCUUGGGGAUUAGGAUUCAUUGCAGCAACUCUCGGCGGCGGUAACAAUAGAAAAGCGUCUUCGAGUACAUCAGGGCAGACUACUGUCGUUGAAGCGACCGAGCCUAAGAAAGCUUCGAGGAACGGAGACGAACCCGCAAAUCGUAGAGCUUCGGUCCCAUUCAAAAGCGCAUAUGAUAGCCCACCUAUCCCUGGUCCCAAACCCUCCAACCUAAAGGGCGCCCAGAUGCCGGGUUCAUUUGCGGAAGACCCGGUUUUUACAGCAAAUGUAGCCGCCGCCCUUGAAGGCAAUGGGUUUGACCCCAAUAUCGUUAUCGAUGAUGCGAAUUUUCAUAAACGCGAUUCACCGCCUGGGUCGAACGACUUUAGCGUGUACCAAGCACCGUUCGUGGAAUCAGUGGCCGACUUGGGAACAGUUGACGGUCCGAGGACUACCGCUUCGCAGGGUGGCCGGGAACAUGGUUUCGUUAUUGGGGAAGUCGAGACGCCAUCUGACGGGAGGGAUAUCUCGUCCGAUAAACCACGAAUUCUUUCCGAACCCAACAGAGCAGAGCAGCACAAGCGGGACAAGGCCCCUGAACGAGAUGGCGCCGAAGAGCCCCAUGCUAUGGUCGAUGACAGUAGGGCUGCAGAGCUCUCGAGAUCUGUCACAGAGGACGACUGGGAUGUGCUCUCGAAUAAGUACAGCAAAAAGGAGAGAAAGAAACACGAGAAAGCAGCAAGAGCUCAAUCGUUGGAUGAUGCACCAAUCGACAAUAAGCCCCGAAACGAGCAAGAUCUAGAGGCAGAAUUCAUCGCUGAAGAGGAAGACAUCUCACCUAAGAAAAGGUCAAAGAAGUUGAAAAAGGCUGUCGUUGUCCAAGAGGAUCCGAGACAACCUGGCAUUAUAGAGAACCCCAAGGCCGUAGCUCCAGUGGGUGGUUCUCAGGAUGUACAAAAUGUCAAUACCGUGCAGAUUGACACAUCAGAUCGUCUAGAUGAGAACGACAAAGGAUCUAAGCGUGAUUUGGAGAGAUAUAACUCGCCUUCAAUACCCACACCGAAGCCCGAGCCUUCGAAGAACGGACCGAUGGGGCCUAUUGGGGCGGAUGUCUUUUUUACUCCUGACGACGAAUCUGGUAGUUCAAGAAAGAGUAGCCGGAGGGCUAGGCGAGACUCGGGUGGGUCUUUUUCAAGGACGGUCUUGCCAUCAGAACUUUCAACGGCAAGCUCUUACGGAAUAAUUGAUACCGCGGAUAGUAUUGUCGACACCGAAGAGGAGUGGGAUACGCCAAAAAAGAGCAAAAAGAAGUCGAGGCGAGAUAAUAGGGUAUAUGAUUCACCACCUAGGUCUGUACCAAUCUCGGAGGCUACUCUCGAAGACUGGGAUUCGUUCAACGAGUCAAAGAAUAAGUCCACGCAAGACCCCAGUGUUCACGACUCCUUAUCGCGCGUAGCGCUUCCUGCUGAAGAUCUUUAUGAUAGCCCGAAGGAGAUGACCGAAUCCGUCAGUGAUAUACAUAGCGAAAUUCCAGCCGCUACAGAAGGGGAGUUAGAUAUACUGAGGAAAUCGAAGAAAUCUACGCGUAGUUCGAUUCCAUAUGAAGAUCGGCCCUCAACGCCCCAGUCGGUAGCUCCAUCUGAAGCCUCCGUGGGAAGUUCCAAGAGAUCGAAACGGGAUUCCUAUCCUGAUCCGCUGUCGACGCCGUCAAGGGCAGCGCCGGCCUCUGACGGGAGUAUCGAUGAUUCCCGGAAGAAGAGCAAGAAAAGAAGAAGCGUUCCUGCUGAUUUGCCUGAAAACAAGAACAAUUUUACUGAAGGAGGGCCAACCGAUAAGGGAAAGGACCGAUCUGAGAUCUUAGAUCGUGAUACUGACUCUAUAGUUCCGAACCAAGCUUGUUCCGACGAUAACCAACCGACUGGUACCCAGAUCAGGGAUGACAAGGCGGACCAAGCUAAAGUUGUGACUUCCACUCCGAGUAGUGCUAAUAAAAAGGACCGCAAAGGCUCUAAAGCGGAUAUAGAUAAAAAGAGCAGUGGAAAUACAGGUUUCUUCGGCCGCUUAAGAUCUUCAAUAGGGAUAGCAGAAGAAAAGGAACCUCUACGCAAAUUGGAUGAGGGCAAGAAUGAUCCUUUUUUAGGUAAUGCCGGCAUCCUUGGCGCAGUUGUCGGCUCGACGGGCGAUGCCAUCAUGUCCCAAGAGCCCCAGUCAAAUGCCACCAAUGCUCCUUUGGAUGAGGAACCCCAAAUUGUUCUCUUCACUCCCCAGAGACAAUCAACUUUAUCGCGAGAAGCAGAGACUAUCGACCCCGAGAUUGUCCCGCGGCAAAUUCGACCUGCCAUAGAUCCUAAACACGGUGACCUGUUACCCUUACCUCCAAGUCGCUCUGAAUCUCCUCUCCCUAAGCUUAGUGAUGACUUUCCACCUCUACCAGAAAGCCGUCCUGAGACACCUGAGCAUGAACGACAUUCGCGCGAGGCACCUACUCAUACUCGUCGUCGCAGCACCCUCGAAACACCGACAAGGCCAAAAACACCUAGUCAAAGCGCGAUACCCAUCCAAUUCUUCCGUCCGGGGCAUAGGCAUACACCGAGCAAUGGAAAAUCAUCUUCACCGUCAGUGUCACCAAUCACUGCUACUGUAGAAUUCGGAAGCGAAUCUAAGAAUCGUUCCCGUCCGGCAUCCUGGGAAGCCUCUCGGGACUUCAAACCCUUACUUCUUCUUCAGAGGGCCCUACGGGGAUCGAUCGACUUAUCGAGCUCUCCCGAGAGAGAAUCUUCGCCUUCGGGGUCUGAACUUCGCGAGCGAGGCUCGCCUUCAUCGGCUCACCUAAUUCUAGAAUCCCCCGAUCGAGACCACCCCUUCCGCGAUAAUAUCUUUUCCGGGCCAUUGUCAUCGCCAGUGGGGAUAUCAACAGAAAAACCGGAAACCUCGCAUGCAGCUGAGAAAACCAUCCAACUUCAUGAAGGUGCCUUCAAACAGCUACCUAGCGAAGCUUCAUUCCACCGAAAUAAUAGAACGGAUGGUUCUCACUUGUCACCUCUCCCUGAAGAGUCAGACUUGAAGCUUGUUGAGGAUGAUUCUCAUAAUCCUUUCAGCUCACCAACUUUCUUAGUGGCCCCUAAAAUCGGAGAUCAAGGUGACUCAGCCCAGGUCCUUCUCAAAGGUAACUUGGAGGAUAGUGUUGCUUCAACGGAAGCAGCGAUGCCUAUCAUGGGAGAACCAGAAAUUAGGAUCACAUCCGAUGACCGUAGCUCAAGCCAGGCCAAUGAGGCUACUGUUUCCGUAGAAACACCGUACGAGCUUCUCCCCGUUUCGGACUUCUUUCCCGGAAGUAAAACGCCAGAUUCGACCGAUACCUUCGAUACCGCUCUGAGUAACGCGGGUGAUCAUGGACCUCUAGAAUCUAGUGGUUCGCUAGACAAUGCUCAAGACGACGAUAAAAUACAGGAAAGGGGAUUAGGCGAGAUCCAAGAAUCAAUGGCGGGCUCGACUACUACAAAAGUUACUCCGUUCCAAGAUGAAAUUCUCAGUGGCAUUACAUACGAGCGAACUUUGCCUACCGGACAGGCUGAUUCUGUACCGGCUUAUGUUGCUACAAAAGAUGCACUAAGGGCCUCGGAAGAAGAUGUAGAGGAUAAUGAAUCGAUCGAAACACUGACGCCCGAGCAAUUGCCUUUGGCCGAAAAGAAACCGGCCACUGAUGAAGAACUCACUUUUAAUUCUGAAGAGCCAGCCCUACCUGAGUCUAAGGUACCUGAGGUUGAAGCAAACAGUCCUACGAUUAAGCUACACGCAGAGCCAGAGCCAGCGUUAGAGUCAGCUCUUAUCUCAUUGGAUAUGGUCGCUGUUGAGAAGCCUACUGCUCCUGAACCAGAGAUAUCCUCUACUGAGCCAAUAGCAACUCCUGAACCAGUACUUCCAAGCGGCGAAGCAAGUACGGUGGAAACUGAGCCGAGCGCUGGAGAAGAUCGUAUCGAAAACGAGAUUCCUACCAUUAUUGGAGUAGGGUCAGCCUCUGAACAAGAACCAGCCCUGCCCAAUGCCAAGCUAGAGAAGCCGGAACAACUUGAGACAAUCCCAGAGCUUUCUCCUGGUGCCUCCGAGAAAGAUGAGGAAAAUGAGGAUAUACAGCGGCCACUAUUGGAGAAUGAACAAGCCGAACCUGCCACCUCUGUUGAAGAGCCAACUAAAGAAGCCGAGGGGUUGACACAGGAGACCAGCGUAGAGAGUCCCCAUAUACCUCCUGUUGACCCGCAAAUCUCUAGUCAAGAUCAACCAGAAGCUACUUCACCAAAACUGCGUGAUGGCCAAUUAGACUCGCCCGAGGAAAUUCCUACCAUAGAGACGUCCGAGAAGGAGGAGAACAAGACACAAACAACAGUACCUAAGCUGGAGGACCAAGUUAUUGAUGAACAAAUGCCGGCCACGGAAGAAGAGGGCCAGCCUCUUUCUAAAUCACCGUCUCUUUCAAUAGUGCGAGUCGAGGACCAGCAACCCGAUACUCCGGUGGAAGGCUUCGUAGAAGCACUAGCUAGCCCGAUACAAACUGAACAGCAGCCAAAUCUAUUCUCCGAAAGUGAAUCGAUUAGCGAACAAGUGCUCCAAGAAGAACCUACAAAGCACAGCGAAGUCAGUCGGGAUGACGAGAAGACAUCACGAGAAAUGCCUUCUCCGAACCAGCCAGUGGGGCCAAUAUUGAGCAACCUCGCGGUUGAUAGCCACGACGAUCUUCAGUCUACGGUCCCUGUUCUUGGGCAAGCUGAGCAGCCGCAAUUGGCAUCGAAAUCAGUUUUAGAAGAGACUCAAUCGCUUGAGGAUUCUAUAAAGCCUGAAGUUUCCAUUGUGGACGGAGAACAACAUGAUGAGCAGCCCACGUUGACUGAAACUAAUCUGCAGCGCUCGGUCGAACAGGAAUCAAGCGGCUCGGCAUCACUAAAGGACACUAAAGUGGAUGAAUCACCACUGAAGCGCGAUAUACUUGGCGGUGAAGAUACUUGGGACCGGCAAGGACCUGCGUCAACCGAUCCGACCGAUGUUCCGUUUUCUAAGCCCGAUUGGAGCGAGAGUCCAGAGGACAAGCAAGACAAAUCAGCCGUACCAAUCCAAGCAGCGGAGGAAGCACCAAGUUUAACCCCGGAAAUCGAUAACGCCCAACUACCGAGUCUUUCUAACGAAGUGGUCAAUGAAGAGGCACCGGAAAUGACUCAAUCACCAGAGAAACCCGGCAGCGAGAAGGGGGAAAGCAAGGAAAUGAGUCAAGAUGCGUCAGAAGUAGUUGACACUUCUGUAAUAGCUAGCCCCAAUCCGGAACCGGCGGCCGAACCAACGCCCUUUGAAGCUGAUGUUAGCGAGCCUCGAGUCGUCAGCGAUGUUCCCGAAAUGCCGUCCCAAGACCUCGAUAAUGAAUUGGAUGCGUCAAUCGCGGAGGAGCAGUCCUCUGUACCUCAAUCAACCGUAGAGGAUGUGCAGGAGCAAGUUAUAGAACAAGCUGAGCCAAUUGCGGAUAUUGUUUCGUCUGAACCAGAUAGUUCGAGCAAAGAAUCCCAAAAGAAGAGGGAGGAAAGCCAAGUGGAUACCGUCGAUGUAGUCGAUGCACCUACAUUGAGUGGAGAACUAGAAUCUGAGGAAUCUAAGAAAUCUGUGGGGGAGCCCACGAUCGUGGAGACAGACGCUGAUAGCAAACCACCCCCCCACUUUCCCGCUCCCGAAGUUAACGAAGUUGACGUGACGGCUGUCACUCAGGUGGAAAAUCAAGCUCCCGAGUCCAAGUCUACCCCUGGCAAGGAAGACGAGGACGAAGAAAAGCGUGGUCCUAUCCAAGUCGAGACUGUCACUAACGAUAUUCCCCAGGAAACACCGGAAAUUCUGGAUGCGCGGGGUGAUGCGGACAAGGAAGUAACUUCACCUACUCAACGUGCCAUUGAUAGGAUUAGCGACGACACCGAAGUAGUUCAAGCGAAAGAAGAUACUGACGUGUCGCCGACGACUAAGCAACUAGAAACGGACGAGAAACCUGAAAAUAUCCCUACUGAUACUGAGGAAACACCAGCAUCUGUUAUCUUACCAGAGAUAUCAACCGAGCCAGGUGUUGUGUCUGAGGAUACUAUGCAAACCGGAGAGAAUUUCGGUCUAGAUCCGAAUCCACCUAGCAUUGAAGGAUCUGAGAAGGACCAAGAAAAGCCCCAGAGCACCCAAUUCCCUGGACCACUCGAACAGGAACCUAUGGAGACUUCGGUAGAACCGGUCGGUGAGACCCCUGCACCUGACACAACCUUCAACCCCGACUGGGCCUCUAUCAACGUACCGCCCCCACCGGAUUACUUACCGGAAUCCGAGGUCCAUUCUCAGGAGGUAUCGGACAGUUUUGGUGAUGCGUCGAAGGCUCAGCAAGAACCAUCUCAGGGCCAGCCGAUAGACCCAUUAGAUCAGCUUAUCCAGCAUAUUGAGGCUAAGACUCAAUCAAAUACCCUUGACGACAUACGAGACGGGCCAGACCUGAAAGAUUUCGACGUUGCUGCAGGUACCCAAGUGCAAGCCCCCCAAGAAGAUGCAGAAGAUUCAAUGGAAGCCCAAAACAAUCUACUAGCAAAGGAUGCAUCAAAGCACGAGCGCGAUAGUGUUGAACAACCCUCAAGUGAAAUCGCACUAGCGGCGCAAGAAAAUGCGAAUGCCAAUUUACCUAUUGAGGCGGACGCUGUCCAUAAGCCUUCUACCCAGGAUGAAUCCCAAGUCAUACCAAUUCUGCCUGCUCAAGAUACUCCCCCUACUGAAGCCAGCCCUACGGCAGUCCUCGAGCCGCAGGAUAAAAUUGAACAGCCUUCAGAAAGUUUGACAAAUGACAGCGUUUUAGCAACCUCUCAAGUCGGCGAGCCAACUCGAGCCAUGCCUACUAGUUCCGAGGAUAAUCUGUCGAACCCUCUUACAGAGCAUGCCAUCCUCAGCGAUUCACAGGCUGAGUCCAACCCAGUAACCGAGGACAAGACUCAAAGCACUAUAGAAAUACUGCCAACCAUUGUGGAAGAGGGUGAGAGCGAAGAUCAAGACGCGCUCGAUUCUACAAUAGGAGCAGUGGUGCCGAUGACCGAGUCAAGUACGGAGGCCCCUUCCUCAGACCUCGUCGAAAUACCAUCGACUAUAUCGCAAGAUCAAACUAAUAUAGGUGAAGUCGCGUCAGAACCUCCCGUGAUAGCUGAACCAGUGGAGUCGGUGUCUCAGCCGCAUCAAGAUGACCCACAGAGCCCUAUAAAUCAGGACAAGGGAAAGGAGAAGGAAAUUAGCCAAGUACAGGAACGAGAACCCGAAUCGCCCCCCUUACCAAUAGAACCUCCGACCGAACAGCCGCAAUCCCCUACUCCCGAGAGCAGUCAACCGCAAGAUGUGAUGCCUUUGGAUCCACCCUUGGUUCAAGAGAUUAAGACGGAGCCACACCUGACUGAGCAAGCCCCGCCUGGCCUAUCCGAUUUACCUACCCCCGGAACGAGCAAGACCGCGACUGGCACAUUAGAUAUCUCUCCUUCUACAACGAAAGAGACUGAGCCACGAGCAUCGGAUGUUACGGGUACAACCGUCCAUUCUCAAGACUCCGAGCAGGAACCAGGAGUUCAAACAGACAAGGCAGGUGACGAUAUGUUGAUAAUCAGGCCUGAGAUCGCCCCAAGUGGAGAAGUUACAAAUGUCCAGGACCAGGAGAAAACUCGACAAACCAAUGAUCUAACUGAAAACGCUAUGCUAGAGGAAGAACCCGUGGCUGAGCCUGUACGCGACGACGAAAGCCUGGGGAAAGUGGUCACGCCCAGGCCAAAGAAAAUCAAAGAAGGGAAAAAGCGAGGAAGCCAGUCAAUCUUCCAAGACGAUAUGACAUCUAUACCAAGCCAAGAAACUACCGAUUCCGCCCCAAGUAUUCCAGCAACCGCCGACGAAGUAAUAAAUCCUACGAAGAGCGCUAUACCUAUAAUUAGCGAAGAGCUUUCUCUCCCGCCCUCGGACAGAGUGGACGAGCCUACCGAAACCGCAAUUACGAUAGUCCAACAAGAUGAUUCUAGAUCUCCCACAAACAAUCAGUCUACCGUAGCCAAUGCUAAGGAAAUUGUAGAGCUGGAGCCUAGGGGCUCCGAGAGCGUCUCUAAGGAGGAUAAGGAAGGUGAAGAAAAUAAACUAACCCUUCUAGAUGACAACCUAUCCGAGCAAAUUCCAGAGCAGGCGGCCAAGGAAAGUCCAGUGGUGCUAUCAACAGACGAACAAAGCGAGAUUCAAGUCCCAGCUCCUACAGAAACCUCGACGGAAGGAAAAUUGGAUGAACCUGUCUCUCCCAGGAAGGAUAAGAAAGAAAAGAAAGCCAAGGGAGGCAAUUCCCACGAGGAGAAUGCCGCCCAAGUCGAACGGAGUCAAGUGUCUAUGGAUACAACAGACGAUAACGAAUGGACGGAUGUUGGCAGAUCUAUCCCCCAGCAAAGUCCCGAAGGUGCAGACAUUAUUGAUCCUGGCCCUAUUGAAAGUAAAGAGACAGAAGUCAAGGAUGUUGGUCGUUCACAUGAUGUACAGUCACAAGAACAAAAUCAAGCAGAAUUUGAGUCUGCAGCUCAACCAGGCAUAAGUGAAAUUGCAGAGACUGAAAACUUAACACUCGAGAACUUAAAGGACGAAAAGGUUGAGGAGGCGGCUCCUGCUAAGAAAGGCAAAAAGAACAAGAAAAAGAAGCGCGCAAGUCUACGACAAGAUGAGGCAAUUUCACAACAAGAAUCAGCUCAACUCAAUAGCGAUCUAGCAGCUAGUACGUCCGCGAUCGAGCCGGUCAAUGCAGAAAAGCUCUCCGUUCCAGAAAAUUUAGCAGAUCAGGACGCCGCAGUUCUAACAUCUAGCCAAAAAGACGAUGAGGAGAAGGAGCCAAGCACCCAGGAGCCCGAACUUGAGGCCGAGAUUCUAGCCGAACCGGAACCGGAUUCCAUCCCCCAGCAGCUAGAGUCGCCUAUGGAAGUCAUAUCAACCGAUGUACCACCCGAUGUACCUCUUACGAGCAUUGAAGAUACGGUUCCCAUUGAAGAGAGUCCCUCGACCGGCUUGCCCGAAGCACCAGUUGAGUCCACCAGUAUCGAGGAGGCUCCGAUUGUAAAUACACAGGAUAAUAGACUUUCUACCGAGAAUAUUCCUACAGUGGCACCACCCCAGAUUGUCGAGGAGCAGGUUGAAAGGGGCACGUUAUCAGAGUCUGACAUUCCUCCAUCAGACCAAACCCCUGCCGAAAAUAUUGCCACUAUCCCUACCUCCGAGGAGCCCAACACCGAAGAUACCGCCCAGUCGGAAGUCGUCCAGCCAGAGACCGUUAGCCAGGUGCCGGAAGAGCAGAUCAAUCUUGUUUCCUCAACUCCUUCGCGAGGGGAGCCGGUGUCCCAGGGACCAGUCCAGUCAGACGAAAAGCAUGAGAUCCUAGAUCCUAUCGCUUCCGAAACUCCGGCUGAAGUAGUACAGCUUAAGGAGUUCCCUGAGUCAGAAAAUUUACAACCAGCAGAAUCUACCCAACUAAAGGCCGUAGUAUCAGGAGAACCUAUGCAAACCCAAGAUUCGCCAAAACAAGGGCCUGCACAAUUAGAGGAGCCAAUAGCUACGGAGGAACCGUUAAACCAGGAAGAACUACCCAAGCUAGAAGAGCUUGCUCAACGAGGCGAGUCCGAGCAAUUGGUUUCUGCGCCACAUAGUCUUUCGGAGGUAGAAGCACCUGCACAGCAAGACCCGGUACAGCCUGAAGAGUCUACGCAACGCUCAGAGCCGGAGUUGCUAGCUCAAACAGAAGAACCUACACAGCUAGGAAGUUCCGUAAACCCGGUCCAGGAGCUCCCCGUCAUCUUAGAUGAAACUGAGUCUACGCUGACAAAGAAGUCUAAGAAAAGCAAUAAGAAGAGAGUUAAUCAUACCGAUCCAGAACUCGCAACAGAAAGCACGCAGCUAGUUGAGACUCAACCUCAAAAGGAGUUACCAAAGCAGUCAAGAGAGCAGCCUGUGGACCAACGUGCUGAGCACCGGGCGAGCUGGGGUUUCUUUGGGGGGCUUACCGACUCAUUCAAAAGUCUCCUGAGUAUACAAGAGCCUACGACGGCCUCGAAAGACAACGAAAAUACAGAUCUCCCCGAAGUGCCUACAAAAUCAGAGUCCAAGUCAGGGGAGAAGGAAGCCAGUCAACUUGAAGCGGAACCUACACCAAGAACCGUGCCCUCAUCAGAACCAAUAGAACAAUCCCAACACCUCGAUAGUCAGCUAAUCGUUGAUGAUACGUCCACAGUCGCCACAGAUGCUGUACCCGAAGACGCCUUGCCUGAGGUGGCUACAAGUAAAAAAUCCAAGAAAAAGAAGAAGAAAGCAAGCCAGGUCAGCCAGGAGCCUGAGUCUAGCGCUACGGCCCCUCUAGAAUCACAAGCACAGCCAAUCUUUCCCGAAGAGUCUCCCAUACAAGAGAGCCAGGAACAACUCGACGCUUCGCCUAAGGUAGAACAUACAACAGCCCCGAGGGGGGAAGAGAAAUCCAGAGAAGAUCCCUCUCAAUCUUCUGGUAGCAAAAUGUCCAAGAAGGAAAGGCGAAAGAUGAAAAAAUUAGCCGCUCUAGCCGCCGAGCUGUUUCAGCCCGAACCUGACUUGAAGGUCAAGGAUGAGCCAGCAGUGCCUAAAACAGUGCCAGGCCCCUCAGAACCACCCCCGGAGCCAGUAAAUCCAAAUUGGGAAGUGCAAAAUGCCCCUAUCACGAAUACCACAUCGACGAGUCUUCAGGAAGAGGGCUUACAGUUGCCAACAGUAGAGGCUGAAUCCUCGAUCCAACCUAUCCAAGGGCAGGUCGGAGAUCUUGCUGAAAAAAUUGGUGAAGAAAUAG